AUGAUGAGCAACGCACGGAGAAGGUCUUCAGUGCAUUCGCAUGCUCCCUCUUGGCUGAAAUGGAUGAGGAAUGGAGCUCAAAUGUUGGACACAACCAUGGAAAAGCUCAAAGACGAUUCCCAAACCAUCGAAAGAAAGAUCAUGGAUGCCUCAAAGCGGCUAAACCAAGGGAUACAAGGUUUUGCCAUGGGGAAGUAUGAUUUGACACAGGAAGAGAUUGUUGGGAUUCUUGACAUUCUGAGGAUUGUUGUCAUUCCAAACAUUGAAGGGAGGAUGAAGACAAUAAAGAGAAUCAUAUCAGAAAUCAAAACUUCGGGGGUUCAGGAAUACAAGGAAUAUUUCGAUAGCCCGUCGAGGGAUUUAUUCUUCUACGAGAAUGAACUUGAAAAAAGAAGCAUCCAGCUAGAAGCUUCGUCAAAGGAUAUCGUAAUCCUGAGCAGGAAACUCAUUGAAGGAAAGAAAAACCAUGCUGACGACACACAACGGGCAAAGAAGUUGACAACGUCAUUGUAUCAUUCAGCAUCUCGUUCGAAGCUUGAUUCUCCAUCUAACAAGACGAAAGCGAAUGCAUUCGACGCGGAAAAGUACGACAAGGAAUGGCUCGUCCGCGUUGAGUUGUGCACUUCACUUCCAAAGAUGGCAGGGUUGGUUGCUGAUGAUAGUUGCAAAGCUGCUGUCAAACGGUCCAUGGAGGACGAUGAAGAUGAAGAAGGCUUUGGAAUGAGCCAUUCGUACAAUGUGUUUGAAAUGGAUUUGGAUGUUGCAAAAAGCUCUCCUUCCGUGAAAAGUGAGCGAACUAUGAAGGUGAGGAUGUAUCACCCUGAUAAGAUUGACAAAGACAAGAUGAAGAAGAGCCUGCUCGAUAUCAUUGUAAGAAUGUUAGAUGAUGACUCGUGGAAUGUUCGCCGAGCAGCAGUGAAAGUUUUUGCAACAUUUGCUCAUAAGGGGAAAAAGACCACAGAGACUCUCUUCCCUCUUUGUGAAGAUCCCAAACUCCAAGUCUGUAAAACAACUUUCGAGUGCAUUCCCAGAACAAUUUCUCAAAAGACUUCAGAGUACAACGAAACAGUGCUUGCAUUGCUAACAAUCUUAGUGUCAAACAUGAAGGACUCCCGGUCCAAAGACCUGAAGGACCUGAUAGUCGAGAAGCGCAAGGCUGAAAUCAGUGACUUUGCUCUGACCUGCAUCCUACAAGUUGCAAAGAAGGACAACGCUCUGGUCAUCAACGAGUUCGUCCGAAUCCUUGAAACGAAUCACAACCCAGUAAUGAUUAUCUCUGUUCUAGAAGUUUGGCCCAAGUUGAUUUCUCCUUCGGAUAAUCUGAACGCCAUGAGACCCGUCUUGAAUCUGCUCUGCUCCAAUGAAGAGGUCGUCAGAAAACAAGUCGCUACCAUUUGUCCCAUGCUGUUGUCAAAUCCACCCAGCAGUGACAUCGUUUCAUUUCUUGUUGUUUUCCUUUCACAUGAAAACAUUUCUGUCAGAAAAGCAGCGAUUGCGGACAUAUCUGGUCUCAAUGGCGAAGAAUUAAAGAGCCGGCGUGCUCAACUACAGAAGAUAGCCUUCGGAUCCAAAGAGACGAUUGAAGUGUUGUCGGGAGAAGGGAGGCUGAUAUCAGACGGAUUGAAUGAGGAAGAAGAGAGGAUGUUGAGCAGGCACGGCAACGACUUCGUAGCCAAAGGACUGGUCUGCGAGAUGAUCAAGGGCACAAGUGGGUUAGAAUCGAGUCACUGGAAGCGAAGGAUUCUCCUUCUCAAUCAGUACGGCGAAGUCUGGCUCGCGUCCAUGAAUCAUUUGCUCGAUCCGAUUCAAAUCAUCGCCAGGAACUCCGACAUCGUCGUUACCAAGUUGCAGUUCGGGUCGCUCUUCCAAUCGGCUCUCCGUAUCGAUGUAGCUGCUUGGCUCUGUGAUUUCAUAGAGAUCGAGAAGAAAAACUCUCGUAGCAAUGUGCGAAAAAGAAAGGAUGAACAUCGUCGUGUUGAUUACAACAUGACAAAAUAUGAAGAAAAUUACUAUGGCAAGACAGAGAUGGCACUGGAUCAAUUCAUAACUGAGUUGAUGACUCCAAAGCUUACCUCAAUAGGCGACAGGCAGAGCUCAGAUAGAAUGAGAAUUCUAGUCGAGAGAUUGAACAAUCUCGUCACUGAUAAGGAGGUGAAUGCUGAUGAAUCGGUUGAUCUGAUCGCGCAUGCUAAGAAGGGAAUCUUUAGCUGUUCUUUCGAUCACCUGAUCAUUGAGCAGUUGUUUGGAACUUACUUCAGUCCCAAACAAGUGAGCGAAGCAUGGAAGAUCGCAAACUCUGGCGAAGGACCCAGCGAGGAUCACGACAACCUACAGAUGGACUGGGAAGAGUUUCAAGUCUGUAUCAAGACGCUAGGAAAGCAGGCGGGUAUUGAUGUGCAAUCCGAAGAAGACGAAAGAUUCAAAAACCUUCAGAAGUAUCAGAUCACAGAGGUCAAGAACUUGCUCUUGCAGCACUGGAAUGAUUUUCAGCUCUUUGCUCGAUAUUGCGCUGGAACUCAAAAGGGAGCGGCAAAGAAUCUAGUGCAAGCUAUUGGCAAAAAACGGAUGAAAUCAAUGGACUUCAAGGAAUUCAUCGAGUUGUGUGAGCAUAUCAAACUCUUUCCGCGUGUAAUGUCAAAGGCUAAACUCGCAAAGCACUUUGAAACUGCCAACUCAUUUGUUGAGCUCCGAGAUGAAGACCGGCACGAGUUCUCAUUUGAAGAAUACAAGUACGUCAUGAUUCAAAUUGCAAGGGAGCUGGGUGUGAAGAUAAUCGUCAACGGUCGAGAUUUGACAGCGAAACUCUUUAUAGCUGAGAUAACGGACAAGACAUGA